AUGAGCCAAGGUUCGGUUCUUGGCCCUGCACUCUUUAGUAUUUACAUGCUGCCGCUAGGCGACAUCAUACGCAAAUACGGUGUUAGCUUUCAUUGCUAUGCUGAUGACACCCAACUCUACAUGCCCCUAAAGCUGACCAACACGCCGGAUUGUAGUCAGCUGGAGGCGUGUCUUAAUGACAUUAAACAAUGGAUGUCCGCUAACUUCUUGCAACUCAACACUAAGAAAACGGAAAUGCUGAUUAUCGGUCCUGCUAAACACCGACAUUUAUUUGAUAAUACCACCUUAACAUUUGACAACCAAACAAUUACACAAAGCGACUCAGUAAAGAAUCUGGGUAUUAUCUUCGACCCAACUGUCUCCUUUGAGUCACACAUUAAGAGUGUUACUAAAACGGCCUUCUUUCAUCUCCGUAAUAUCGCUAAAAUUCGUUCCAUUUUGUCCACUAGCGACGCUGAGAUCAUUAUUCAUGCGUUCGUUACGUCUCGUCUCGAUUACUGUAACGUAUUAUUUUCGGGUCUCCCUAUGUCUAGCAUUAAAAGAUUACAGUUGGUACAAAAUGCGGCUGCUAGACUUUUGACAAGAACAAGAAAGUUUGAUCAUAUUACGCCUAUACUGGCUCACCUGCACUGGCUUCCUGUGCACUUAAGAUGCGACUUUAAGGUUUUACUACUUACGUAUAAAAUACUACACGGUCUAGCUCCAGCCUAUCUUACCGAUUGUAUUGUACCAUAUGUCCCGGCAAGAAAUCUGCGUUCAAAGAACUCCGGCUUAUUAGUGAUUCCCAGAGCCCAAAAAAAGUCUGCGGGCUGUAGAGCGUUUUCUAUUCGGGCUCCAGCACUAUGGAAUGCCCUCCCGGUAACAGUUAGAGAUGCUACCUCAGUAGAAACAUUUAAGUCCCAUCUCAAAACUCAUUUGUAUACUCUAGCCUUUGAAUAGCCCCCCUUUUUUAGACCAGUUGAUCUGCCGUUUCUUUUCUUUUCUCCUCUGCUCCCCCCUAUCCCUUGUGGAGGGGAAGACACACAGAUCCGGUGGCCAUGGAUGGGGUGCUGGCUGUCCGGGGUCGGGACCCGGGGUGGACCGCUCGCCUGUAUAUUGGUUGGGAACAUCUCUGCGCUGCUGACCCGUCUCCGCUCGGGAUGGUUUCCUGCUGACCCCACUGUGGACUGGACUCUUACUGUUAUGCUGGAUCCACUAUGGACUGGACUCUCACAAUAUUAUGUUAGACCCACUCGACAUCCAUUGCAUUCGGUCUCCCUAGAGGGGGGGGGGUUACCCACAUAUGCGGUCCUCUCCAAGGUUUCUCAUAGUCAUUCACAUCGACGUCCCACUGGGGUGAGUUUUUCCUUGCCCUUAUGUGGGCUAUACCGAGGAUGUCGUUGUGGCUUGUGCAGCCCUUUGAGACACUUGUGAUUUAGGGCUAUAUAAAUAAACAUUGAUUGAUUGAUUGAUUAAAUAAGACGUUAAGUUGAAGAAAAGAAAGACAUCAUAGAGACUUUCCCUUGCUCCUUUCAUGCUUAGUCUCACUCCACCCAUGACCUAAACUGGGUCCACCUGCUGCCGGGCCAGGUUGCGCAACAACUUCUGAUCCAUGUAAAGCUGGUUAAAGCUGU